AUGGAUAUAGGUAAAGUCAUCUUCAACAAUCCGUCCCCUCAUUUUGUGGCAUGUUGGGUGGAACCUACCAAGCAUCAACCCAAUCAUUUACAACGGGACCUCGACCCAAGAUCAUACGAGGCCAUGCGGCAACAAUCCGACGAGUCAGCGUUGUCGGAACGGUCUGGAAAUGGUUGUCAGUCCAGGUUGAUCCCCCCUCAACCCCAGCCCAGAGCCAUCGGCGGCCUCCUCCAGCCGGUGAUCGCUGAUCUGCCCGUUGUUUUUCGCCUGGAGAUUCCAGAGUCCAGGGUUCCAUCCGCUUGUAAGUCGUCAAGGUUGAUCGAAGAAAUGAAUAAACACCACUUUUCCUCCUUCUAG